GAUGCGUUGAGGCGUGCCAAUGUGUUCAUGUGAUGCAGGCAGGAUGUGUCCUAAAAGAGUUUGCAACGAGCUCAACGGCAUCACUUCUGAGUCUGACCACCGUUCAGCACUCAUCUACAGGUAUUCCCCCUUUUGCUUUGCAGUUGAAUCGGGUGAAAGGAAAGAGACCGAAGAGAACGAGAGAAGGAUUGUGAAAUGGGAGCUACGGCAUCCUCCGCGCAACGGGACAGCAGAUGUGAGGAGGACACAGCGGCGGAGGAGCUCCCUGCAGCGGAGAGCGAUGCUCGGGACGACGGCGGUGCUGAUAACAAGUUAUUACAGAAAAAUGGCCGGAUCUCCAGUUUGAAUGUAAAGACAAGGAACCAUGCAGAUGAAUUAAAUGGCAACUUUGAGGAGAGAGUACUUGCAGAUGUUGGCUCAGGGUUUGUUACUCUGAAAGAAGAUGGCACAGAAACAAUUGAAGACAUCCAGGAAAUGGAUGCUCUUCAACCAGUAAUGAAGAAUGAGAGCACAGAGAUGGUUGAUGCAGAUAGUGUGACUGUGAAGGAGGAAACUGAGGAGGAUGAUAUCAGUGAAGUUGGGUUCAAAAAAAUCUUCAGAUUUGUUGGAUUUAAGUUUACCCUAAAAAAAGACACAUGUGAAAACACUGAAUCAGAUGGACAAGCAGAAAAAGUUACAAGUCCCUCAGAGGACUCCAGUGACACCCAGGAGAACAGUACAGUAGCAGCAAAUGAAAACACACCUGAUGAGACACGAAAAAGUGAGGUGUCUUCCCAGCCUGAUGAAGCUGAACCCUCUCAACAAACAGACAAUGAAAAAGAGCUGGAUCAGGACAUAAAGAUAGUGGAACAUCAUGUGGAGGACACACCUGAGAAAGAACUGGAAAAAGAAGGAAGUCCUGAGCUGGAGGAACCAAUUUCACCAAUCAAGCAAUUCUUUACACAAGGAAUUUUUGCCAGUUUGAGAAAGAAAAAGAAAGAAGAGGAAAUGCUAAAAGAGAGUAAGGAAGACGAAAUCAAGAGAAUUGAGAGAAUGGGUUUAGAAGAGGCCAAAAAAGAAGACAGUAAAUGUAUAUGCCUUGAUAUCCCUCAUAUUACAUCAGAGGAAGAAAAAGAUACACAGGAGAAAGACAAUGACACAUUGUUACCUGAAGGAGAGCUUCAGAAUUCUCUAGAGAAAGAUAAGGUACAAGGAAGUCCACUUAAAAGACUUUUCAGGAAAUUUUCCACAAAAAGGCAGCGAGAAAGUAAAUCUGCAGAAAAGGUGAUUGAGGCAGAAGAACAAGUCUCUGAACAGCCAAAACCAUCCUUGGAAUUGACAGAGCUCGCAGAAGUGGAGGAACCAGUGGUUGGGGAACCAAAACCUGAUGAAGAGGAGCUGGUGGCUGAUGUAAGCCCUCAAGAGUCCAAAAAGAAACCUGACACCACCGCUUCCUGGGAGGCACUGAUUUGUGGUGGCUCUGCUAAAAAAAGAGCUAGAAAAACAAAUGAGGAUGAAACACCAGAGAAAAGAGAAGUAUAUGAAAAAGCAACUGACUCUCCAUUGGGAAGUUCAACAGAGGGGGAUUAUGAUCAUCUCACAUCAUCUAAUGAACAAAGUGGAAGUCCUGCUGAAGAAGAGAUGGGAUCCACAUGGAAGACGUUAAAAAAAAUGGUCAUCCAGAAGAGAAAGGUCAGAACUGGAGAAAAUAGUAUGCCUGAGCAGAUACCUUCAGAUAGUGAGAUGAACAAAGACGAACCGUUUACUAUGAAGAAACUCAUUCCAGGGCAUAAAAAGAGAAAAUCAGAUGAAAGCAAAGACCAGACAUCGUCCGAUGGGGCUGCAAAGGAUCAUAAAACAGGUGAUGAAGAUGAUGAGACCCCAGCUAUUAUUCCUCUGUCUGAGUAUGAAAUAAUUGAGCCUGAAAGUCUGAAGGAGUUGCAUGAGCAACAAGUUGAAAUCACAUUAGAACAUGAGAUGCCAGAGAUGACUUCACCAGUGUUAGAACAAGACACAUCUGAUAACUUGUUGCCAAAAGUUGCAGCUACAGUUCCAAUUAACACUGGACCAACAGUCAUAUGUGGAUUACCAGAAGACUUUGAAGAACUUACAGACUUCUUGAGCAAACAUCAGCAACUGAGUGAUAUUCCAGAAGAAGGCAUCGAGGAAAGCAUUGAAACACCAAAAUCCUCUGCUGAGUGGACAACACAGGAUGACACCUUAGCUGAGGACAUUGUGGAGUUGACAGCAGAUGCGGUCACUGCCCCAGAACCAUCAAGUGAACAAUUUAUUGGGGAUGACACUACUGAAAUGGUCUCGGCAGUCUCGCAAUUAACCAAUUCACCCAGGUCAUCUGGGCAUUUUACACCAGUGUCAGCUGAAUAUGGCUUACAAACACCAGAUGUGAUCCUACAGGAAGCUAUUCAAUCUAUCUGCAUGACUCCAAGUGUUCAGUCAGUAACUACAAAAGAUGAAAGCCAAGAAUCUCUGGCCGUAUCAUUUUCACCUUAUAUUGUGCAGUCCUCCACAACAGAGGAAACAAAGGUUUUGGUUGCACAUAAGAAAACUGAGGCAACAGCAAUAUGUACAGGACUAGAAUCUCAAGAAAUAGAAUCUGUUGAAGAACAUCUCCCUGCACCCUUAGUGGAGGUAAUACCUGAAGUAAGUGAUGCUGUCCCAACUGAAUUAGUCUCUGAUAACUUUAAAAAUGAAACUGAAGUUGCAGGACUUUGGACAGAUGAGGUCUAUGAGGCUGAAAUUAAGAAACUAAAGACUGAGUAUCAGGAAUUAAUUGUAAGUGAAAAGGAAUCUGCCACUGAAACUGAGCUAAGUGUAGAGCAAGUUAUUCCGUUAGUGGCAGAGCCUCUUGUGGGAGAAUCAGAGGAGACUCAUAUGGAGAAACAAAGAGAGGAAUGUACAACUAGUAUUGAACUCAUACAGGUAAUUGAGACAAUGCAAAGUGAAGCUGGGCUGGAACAGGUUAUGUCAGAUUACACCCAUGAUCCUGAAACAGAGUGUCCACUGCAUUCAGUGUUAGAGGAACCUGUAUAUGAACAACCAGUAGCGGCUGAACCUGAAAAAGACCUCACGCUUUCAGAUGUUAAAUUUUUCGUUGCUGAGUAUGAUCAACCUGCAUCAACUGAAUUAGUUGAGACUUCGACACAUGGUGAUACAGACAUAAGUAAAGAAGUCAAAGAAAUAGAAAUUAAUGCUUCUGCUGUGGAGUGUCUGGAAGUCACAGCAACUGAUAGUAUUAUAAGUCCAAUUCCAGAUCAUAUACAGGCAAAGACACUGGGGUUAGAAGGGAGUUUAAAAUUAGAAGCAGCUGAAUCAAUGCAAGUUGAAGCCUGUGAAAUACAAUUUGAUAUAAAAGAUGCAGUCUUAUUAGCAGGUGAUUCAGCAGUGGCUGUGGAGGACAUCAGUGGGAAAAUACAAGAAAAAGAUUAUGAACAAACGGCACAGCAGGACAUUAAGGAAAUACAUGUAGAAGAAGAAACAGGGGAUGAUGUUGCUUCAGAAGCUGUUCAAAAUAUUUCAGAAGCUGGAGAUGAAUCAUUAGCCAGAGAACAGCUGCCAGCCAAGGGGGUGUCACUUCCAGAACCAGUAUUAGUUGAAGAGACUGAAGAGCACCAGAAAGAAGACACUAAAAUACAUUUGGAUGAUAAAGUUGAAGAUGGAACGGAUGGGAUUUUUGUGAAAGAGGAAGAGGAACAUGCAGUGAAGGAAGGGAAGCCUCUGACAAACACUGGCAGCAAUGAAACUCCUACUGAUGAAUCUCCUGAAAUAAUUGUUGAUCCAGGAAGUGAAAUUGGAGAGAUGGUUUAUAAAAUAAGAGAACACACAGUUGUUUCAGCAUUUUCAAAAGAUUUAUCUGAGCACACAGAAACACCAGAAUUGCCUGACACUAGGUCUGAAGUCAUACAAAUACCGCUAGAAAUAGUAUUGCCAGAAGUUGAAGCAGAACCUGUAGCACCAGAAAUUGCACAACCAGCAACAACAGAGAAUAUUAAAACUGGUAAAGUUUUAGAAAUGGUUGCCAUUAUUGAGAACACAACAAAACAAUCUGGGAAAGAGAAGCCUAUGGUACCUGAACCAGUAGCACAGGUACUUUCAAAAUCUAAGCUACCAAAAGCAACAGAACAAGAGGGUGAAGAAAUAGAUGGUGACCAGUCCCCAGCAAUGACAUCAUCAGAAAUGAAAGAAAUUGCAGUUCCAGAAGAAAAAGAUACAAUGGCUGUUGCUCCCAAACCAGAACCAGAAGGGGUUGAUUCAGAGAUGACUAUGAUUAAAAUACCUACCAUCACAGUGCUGGCACAAAAUUAUACUGCAGCAGAAACAGAGGUUAGUAAUAUGAGUGAAAAGAAGAAUGAAAAAGAUGAAAAUGCUAGUCUAAAAUGUGAAUCUCUUGAACAGGUUACAGAAAAGAUACUGUCAAAUGAGUUGCAUGUAGACAAGACAGAAAUUAAAGAAGAAAUACCUGCAGUAAUCGAAAUAACAAUCAUUGCACAAGAAUCACCACUGACCUCUGAAGUAACAGCAAAAACGCCAGAAGUUGCUGUUUCUGAGAUACAGUCAGAAGUAGUCAGUGAACUCAGGGCUGAGACACUUGAAGUGAGAGAACCAAAGGUAGAAAUUCCUGUGGUAUCAGAAGUGAAAGUAGAGACAGCUGUAGUAGCUGAGCUGGAAGUGGAGACACCAGUUGUCACCUCAGUGGCUAAAGAACUUGAAUUAGAAACAGUGGUUACAUCUAUGGCAAAAACAACUGAUACCAAUAAUUCCGCUGUUACAUCACAAAAUCAAAACAUAGACUCUGUUAACACAUCAGUGUUAACAACGGUGAUCAAAGAGCAAGUAGUGGAGAUUCCCACUGUUAUUUCUGUGGUAGUGACACCAGCUACACCUUUAGAUGAAUUAACACCAGUUGUAACUCUAGGCAAUGGGUCAAAGGAUGUACCUCCUGUAAAAGAGACACCUGUCGAAACACUAAAUGUCGAAUCAGUGAUUGUGAAGACUGCUGUGGCCCCAGUAGUAGAGAUACAGAAUGUGAUUCCAGUGGUAGCAACACCAGAUCUUGGUUCAGUAAUAGUAACAGAAGCUGCAUCUCCAGUGGUAAGUACAGGAACAGUGACUACUAAAAUAGAAGAAACACCAGUUUUGAGCACCGUUGUAGAAACACCUGUUUUUUCUGUCACAGAAGUAAAAUCAACUCCAGCUACAGUAGAGAAAACAGUAGUGUCCCCUGUAUUACAGAUCCCAGCCACAGUAACAUCUUUUGUGGAGACUCCAGCUGUUGAUUCAGUCAAAGAAACUGUACCUCUAGAAGAGGUUACACUAGAUGUGACCUCAUUUGCAGAAACACAUGUAAGCCAAGUAAUUGAAACUCUCAUUGUCUCCAUCACAUCAGUAAAACCAACUGUAGUGGAAAUGGCAAAGACACCAGACACUGAGAUACCAGCUAUGAGUUCAAUGACAGUGGCAGAGGCUGUAUCUCCUGUAGUAGGUACAUCAUCUGGAACUCCAGUAGCAUCAGAAACAAUUAUGAUCCCAGAAGUAAAAACUUCAGUAGUAACUUCAGCCACAGAGACAUCACUUGUGACACCAGCAGUAGAAACACCAGCUCAGAUUUCAGUAAUUGCAACAAAUGCAGCACCUCCAGUAACUCCAGCAGCAACUGCAGCAUCAGAAACAUCAGCAGCUGUAGAAACAGCUUUUGUAGAGUCACCUCCAGCUGCAGUGGUUGAGACACCAGUUGUGACCCAAGUGGUAAAGACACUAGGUAAGGUUUCAGUGAUGGUAACAGAGACUGUUCCUCUGGUAGAUGUUUCAGAAGAGACUGCAGCAGUAGAAACACCUGUUGAGUUCCCAGUAUUACAAACUUCCGCUGUUAAUUCAGCUCCAGUUGCAGAGGAUAAGACACCACUUGUGACCCCAGUUGUGCAGACAUCAGGUCAGGUUUCAGUGAUUGUAACAGAGAGUGCACCUCCAGUAGUUGUUUCUGCAGUAACUUCAGCAGUAGAAACACCUGUUGUAAUCCCAGUAGUAGAAACUCCCAUAUUAAAUUCAGCUCCAGUUGCAGUGGAUCAGACACCAGUUGUGACCCCAGUGGUACAGACACCAGGGCAGGUUUCUGUUAUGGUAACAGAGACUGCACCUCCAGUAAAUGUUUCAGUAUUGACUGCAGCAGUAGAAACACCUGUUGUGAUCCCAUUAGUAGAAACUUCUAUUGUAAAGUCAAAUCCAGUUGCAGUGGUUGAGACACCAGUUGUGACCCCAGUUGUGCAGACACCAGGUAAAGUUUCAGUUAUGGUAACAGAGCCUGCACCUCCAGUAGUUGUAUCAGUGGUUACUGCAGCAGUAGAGGCACCUGUUGUAAUCCCAGAAGUAGAAACUCCUAUUGUAAAGUCAACUCCAGUUGCAGUGGUUAAGACACCAGUUGUGACCCCAGUUGUACAGACAUCAGGUCAGGUUUCAGAAAAGGUAACAGACACUAUACCUCCAGUAGUUGUUUCAGCAGUAACUGCAACAGUAGAAACACCUGUUAUGAUCCCAGUAGUAGAAGCACCGGUUUUAAAGUCAACUCCAGUUGCAGUGGUUGAAACACCAGUAGUGACCCCAGUGGUACAGACACCAGGUCAGGUUUUAGUGGCAGUAACAGACACUACACCUCCACUAGUUGUUUCAGCAGUAACUGCAACAGUAGAAACACCUGUUAAGAUCCCAGUAGUAGAAGCACCGGUUGUAAAGUCAACUCCAGUUGCAGUGGUUGAGACACCAGUUGUGACCCCAGUUGUGCAGACAUCAGGUCAGGCUUCAGAGAAGGUAACAUACACUACACCUCCAGUAGUUGUUUCAGCAGUAACUGCAACAGUAGAAACACCUGUUAUGAUCCCAGUAGUAGAAGCACCGGUUUUAAAGUCAACUCCAGUUGCAGUGGUUGAGACAACAGUAGUGACCCCAGCGAUACAGACAUCAGGUCAGGUUUCAGAGAAGGUAACAGACACUACACCUCCAGUAUUUGUUUCAGCAGUAACUGCAACUGUAGAAACACCUGUAAUGAUCCCAGUAGUAGAAGUGCCAGUUGUAAAGUCAACUCCAGCUGCAGUGGUUGAGACACCAGUUGUGACCCCAGUUGUACAGACAUCAGGUCAGGUUUCAGAAAAGGUAACAGACACUAUACCUCUAGUAGUUGUUUCAGCAGUAACUGCAACAGUAGAAACACCUGUUAUGAUCCCUGUAGUAGAAGCACCGGUUUUAAAGUCAACUCCAGUUGCAGUGGUUGAGACACCAGUGGUGACCCAGGUGGUACAGACACCAGGUCAGGUUUUAGUUGCAGUAACAGACACUACACCUCCAGUAGUUGUUUCAGCAGUAACUGCAACAGUAGAAACACCCGUUAUAAUCCCAUUAGUAGAAGCACCAGUUGUAAAGUCAACUCCAGCUGCAGUGGUUAAUACACCAGUUGUGACCCCAGUUGUACAGACAUCCGGUCAGGUUUCAGAAAAGGUAACAGACACUAUACCUCUAGUAGUUGUUUCAGCAGUAACUGCAACAGUAGAAACACCUGUUAAGAUCCCAGUAGUAGAAGCACCGGUUUUAAAGUCAACUCCAGUUGCAGUGGUUGAAACACCAGUAGUGACCCCAGUGGUACAGACACCAGGUCAGGUUUUAGUGGCAGUAACAGACACUACACCUCCACUAGUUGUUUCAGCAGUAACUGCAACAGUAGAAACACCUGUUAAGAUCCCAGUAGUAGAAGCACCGGUUUUAAAGUCAACUCCAGUUGCAGUGGUUGAGACACCAGUUGUGACCCCAGUGGUACAGACACCAGGUCAGGUUUUAGUGGCAGUAACAGACACUACACCUCCACUAGUUGUUUCAGCAGUAACUGCAACAGUAGAAACACCUGUUAAGAUCCCAGUAGUAGAAGCACCGGUUGUAAAGUCAACUCCAGUUGCAGUGGUUGAGACACCAGUUGUGACCCCAGUUGUGCAGACAUCAGGUCAGGCUUCAGAGAAGGUAACAUACACUACACCUCCAGUAGUUGUUUCAGCAGUAACUGCAACAGUAGAAACACCUGUUAUGAUCCCAGUAGUAGAAGCACCGGUUUUAAAGUCAACUCCAGUUGCAGUGGUUGAGACAACAGUAGUGACCCCAGCGAUACAGACAUCAGGUCAGGUUUCAGAGAAGGUAACAGACACUACACCUCCAGUAUUUGUUUCAGCAGUAACUGCAACUGUAGAAACACCUGUAAUGAUCCCAGUAGUAGAAGUGCCAGUUGUAAAGUCAACUCCAGCUGCAGUGGUUGAGACACCAGUUGUGACCCCAGUUGUACAGACAUCAGGUCAGGUUUCAGAAAAGGUAACAGACACUAUACCUCUAGUAGUUGUUUCAGCAGUAACUGCAACAGUAGAAACACCUGUUAUGAUCCCUGUAGUAGAAGCACCGGUUUUAAAGUCAACUCCAGUUGCAGUGGUUGAGACACCAGUGGUGACCCAGGUGGUACAGACACCAGGUCAGGUUUUAGUUGCAGUAACAGACACUACACCUCCAGUAGUUGUUUCAGCAGUAACUGCAACAGUAGAAACACCUGUUAUAAUCCCAUUAGUAGAAGCACCAGUUGUAAAGUCAACUCCAGCUGCAGUGGUUGAGACACCAGUUGUGACCCCAGUGGUACAGACACCAGGUCAGGUUUUAGUGGCAGUAACAGACACUACACCUCCACUAGUUGUUUCAGCAGUAACUGCAACAGUAGAAACACCUGUUAUGAUCCCAGUAGUAGAACCACCGGUUUUAAAGUCAACUCCAGUUGCAGUGGUUGAGACACCAGUUGUGACCCCAGCGAUACAGACAUCAGGUCAGGUUUCAGAGAAGGUAACAGACACUACACCUCCAGUAUUUGUUUCAGCAGUAACUGCAACAGUAGAAACACCUGUUAUGAUCCCUGUAGUAGAAGCACCGGUUUUAAAGUCAACUCCAGUUGCAGUGGUUGAGACACCAGUGGUGACCCAGGUGGUGCAGACACCAGGUCAGGUUUUAGUUGCAGUAACAGACACUACACCUCCAGUAGUUGUUUCAGCAGUAACUGCAACAGUAGAAACACCUGUUAUAAUCCCAUUAGUAGAAGCACCAGUUGUAAAGUCAACUCCAGCUGCAGUGGUUAAUACACCAGUUGUGACACCAGUUGUGCAGACAUCAGGUCAGGUUUCAGAAAAGGUAACAGACACUAUACCUCCAGUAGUUGUUUCAGCAGCAACUGCCACAGUAGAAACACAUGUUAUGAUCCCUGUAGUCGAAGUGCCAGUUGUAAAGUCAACUGCAGUUGCAGUGGUUGAGACACCAGUUGUGACACCAGCGGUACAGACACCAGGUAAAGUUUCAGAGAAGGCAACAGACACUUCACCUCCAGUAGUUGUUUCAGCAGUAACUGCAACAGUAGAAACACCUGUUAUGAUCCCAGUAGUAGAAGCACCGGUUGUAAAGUCAACUCCAGUUGCAGUGGUUGAGACACCAGUAGUGACCCCAGUGGUACAGACACCAGGUCAGGUUUUAGUUGCAGUAACAGAAGCUACUCCUCCAGCAGUUGUUUCAGCAGUGACUGCAGCAGCAGAAACACCUGUUGUGAUCUCAGUAGUGGAAAGAUCAGUUGUGAGCCUAGUACUAGAAACUACCACAGAAGCACCAACUGCAAUUGCAAUGGCAGAGAGACCUGUUAUGAUCCCAGUGGUACAGACACCAGUUCUGGUUUCAGUGAUUGCAAAAGAGGCUGCACCUCCAGUAUUUCUACCAGCAGUGACUGCAGGACCAGAGGUGGAGACACCAGUUUCAGUACCAGAAGCACCUGCUGUGAUCCUAGCAGUACAAACACCAAUGACAGAACAGGUAGCACAGACACGGACAACACCAGCCAUGGUCUUAGUAAAGGCAACAUCAGUUGUAACUGGGAUGGAGGCACCCACUGUGACCGGGACACCUUUAUCCCAUGGGGUGAUGGGACCAGCUGUUGCCACAGUUAUAAUAGCAACAGCUCCACCUGUUGCUACACCAGAAGUAAAGAAAACAAUGUUGCAGGUAGUUGAACAGGAGAAAAAGGAAGCAAAGUCAGAGGCUUCAGUUGUGUCUAAAGAUGCUGAACCACCAUUUGUGGCUGCGAAAGAGGUAAAGAUAUCACUUUUAACUCAAGAGUGUAUGCCAGAUGAAGAAAAUGGGAAGGCUUCCUUGCGGCAUACUUCAACAGAACCUCAGUCAGAGGUAGAGGAGGAUGUGUGGGAGGAUGCUGUAGAUAAUAUUGGAGAUUCCCCAUGUCAGGUGACAUACACAGAGGAUGCGCCCCAAGAUACUGCUGCUAAACAAACAUCUGAUGCUGCAAUUUGAUAGUGGCGUGCUAAACCAGAUGAACGAUUUGAUGAGUUGAUGCAAGUUUAACAAGGAUAAUUACGAACAUUUUACACCUGGAGGAGGCUGUACUCAGCACAAAAUCAGCUGGGAUUCACAUUUCUGACAACGAAAAAAAUGUAAAGUUACACUGCAUCAUUAAAGUUCCAUUAAGCAAAGGUGAAACCAAAAACAGUAGUUAUUCAGUGGAGAGGCUGUUUUUUUUUUUACUUUCAUGCAGAAAAUAUUUUAACAUAUAAACCCCUUCAAAAGCUAUUUUGAUAUAUUUUUUACUGAGGAUAUUUGUCAUAAAUGUAUGAAUUGUUUUAUCAUUAUUCAGACAUUAGCAUAAGCUUAUGCCACAUGAUAUCAUGUUGUAAGAAAAUGAUUAUCAUUGUAAAAGGAUGUGCAAUUCCUGGGUUUUGAAAUACUAAAGUACUAAAAACACUAAAAGUGUUAAAGAUAUUCACUAAAUCAAAGGUAAUAUCCAUUUGAAACAUCAUAUAAAAUUCAAUUCAGUUCAAGUUUACUUGUAUAGUGCUUCUUACGAUACAGAUCAUUGCAAAGCAACAGUACAGAAAAUUUAGUUUCUACAAUAUUUAGUAUAUACCGCUUGAUAUGCAUCUAGGAUACAUUUAUUUUAUACUUGGUAUAUAGUAAGAUGUAGACAGUUACUGAAACUGGCAGAUUGUUUAAUUUGUUUUACAAAGUACAGUCAAAAUCUUAUCAAACUUAUGAUUUAUUUUUUGUUGCCAUGUCAUUGUUAUGACUAUUGUUUUUGUAAUUAACAAUUUUGGUUUACAGAAACACCCAAUUUUAGAAAAUAUUUCUGACUAUUUUUGGCAUAAAAAUGAAGCAUGCAAUCUAAAGUUGCAACUACUGACUUUUCACCAUGUAGGUUUUUUUAUUUUUCUCUGAGUAUCAAAACACUCUGUACUGCAUACAAUUGUUAAACAGUUGAGCAUUUUUGUUCAUAUUAUACAGCCUGCCUUGCCUGUAUUACAGUGGUUUGCAUCUGGCCUGAUGCAAUAAGCCACAGCAGUAUUGAAAACACAUUUUUUACUUAUUCUAAUAUAUUGCUAAGAAGUGUUCGAAACCACAUGUACAGGCUAUGCAUCUUUAAAGAAAUUGCAAUAUUAACAAUCAACUAAAUACAGGAGUGUAGUUUUGUUCCUGGAUUUUGCAAUAUUUAAAAAUGUAUGGUUUAAUACAAAUUAUAAUUGUAAGUUUUAUUUAAAUAAAAGAAACGUU